AAACUUCAUUAAAAUCCGGCCUUAAGAAGGCUGCAGGGGCGGCCAACGACUUAGGGAAAACAUCUGCGGGGCAAAGCAGAGCAUAUUGCAAUGGCAGAAAGUACAGAAAGUAAACACUUUGUGCUGUUUCCUUUCAUGGCACCGGGCCAUUUCAUUCCCUUCCUCAGCCUGGCAAAGUUGCUUACAUCCCAAGGCCUCACCGUUAGCUUCCUCACCACUACUGCUUCUGCCCCCAAAUUGCAAUCGCAGGCGCUUGGAUCCUCUAUUCGUAUUGUUCCUCUUUCUCUCCCGCCCAUUCCCGGGCUUCCCCCUGGCUGCGAAAGCACCGAUGUUCUUCCCCACACCGAGGGCAAGUUGCUGUUCAUCUCUUCACACAAUCUUUCCCAGCCAUUUGAAGACUGGCUGGAACAGGUCAUGGCAGAGACCUCACAGAAGCCCGCCUGCAUCAUAAGCGACGUUUUCUUACCCUGGACAGCUCAAUCGGCUUCCAAAUUCGGGAUUUUGCGUGUGGUGUUCCACACAACAGGGGCCAUGGCAGCUUCUCUUCUGCAAUUUCUCUUUACAAAUCCGGUCUCGGAAAUAAUAAGCGAUCGCCAAAUCAUUGAGAUUCGGGAUCUCUGUAUCAAUGUAGAUCUGAAGCGUUCGGAGCUACCUCAGAUGCUCAGAAGCGAGAUGUUCUUUUCACCUCACCCUGUGCUUCCCGCACUUCAGCAGGGUUAUGGUUUGGGGAAAGAAAGCUGCGCUGCCACGCUUGUCAAUACUUUUGACGAGCUCGAAGCAGAGUAUAUGAAAUAUUUAGAGGAAUCCACCGGUAAGCCCGCCUGGGGUGUAGCUUCUCCUCUUCACAAACCGCAACAGGGGAUCGACAAUGACUCGGAGUGCAUCCGUUGGCUGGACACACAAAAUGAAAACUCCGUCCUUUACAUCUCGUUUGGAUCUCAGGGUUUUCUUUCGGAAGGGCAAAUAAAUGCCCUUGCCAGGGGCAUCGCAGCCAGUAAUCAGCCCUUCAUUUGGACGAUUAAAGAUCCAGUUGGAGGCCAAGUUAAUUCCUGUAAUUUUCUUCCCGAGGGUUUCAUUGAAUCAACGAGAGACAGAGGAAUGUUAAUCCAUGGCUGGGUGCCUCAGCUGCUAAUUCUGUCCCAUCCUUCGACUGCGUUUUUUAUGACUCACUGUGGAUGGAACUCCACAUUAGAGAGUAUCAGCGCCGGAGUGCCAAUGCUGGUCUGGCCCAUGGCGUUCGAUCAAUUUGUUAACGCUAAAUUGGUAAUUGAGGAAUUGAGGCUUGGAUUGCAGAAAUCCGGGGGAUUUGAUGACAUUCCCAGUAGUGAUGUUGUGGAAAACACAGUGAAGGGAGCCAUGAAAGCGGAAAUUGGAAACGAUAGAAGUCAACAGGCACUGAAAUUUAAGGAAUCCAUUAAUGAAGCGUCCUGCAAGUUAAGCAUUAAAGCUUUUGUAUCUUACAUCCUCAGCCUCGGCUUAGAUGAAGAUAAGUGAAUUUUUUUUAUUCAGAUGUAAUAGAUACAUCCUGAAUUCUUCAGGACCAAAGUAAUAUCCUCUAGUGACUCGCUGUUGAAUGAGAGUAAUAUGGAAUGCCAAUUUAAUAUACUGACUAUAAUCAAGAUGAGUAAUGACUUUGGGUAUGUUAGAAUGGUAUU